CCCACCGCAGAGAAGAAGAACAUAAUAUCCCAACUCUCAUUUAUUUUGCUUCAUUUCCUGCCAACUAAACCUCUGCUUUAAUGGCUGCUAGCUUGAGCUUGAGCUUCAUCGUUGGCAUUAUCGGUAAUAUCAUUUCGAUACUGGUUUUUGCUUCUCCCAUAAAAACCUUUUGGUGGGUGGUAAAGAAGAAAUCAACCGAGAACUACAAAGGAGUUCCCUACAUAACAACCCUUUUGAGCACUAGCUUGUGGACUUUCUAUGGCUUUAUCAACCCAGAUGGUUUACUUGUCAUCACAGUCAAUGGCGCCGGUGCCAUCUUUCAGCUUACCUAUGUCAUUCUCUUCCUCGUAUAUGCUCCCAAAGAUAAGAAGGUUAAGACAGCAAAGUUGGUGGCUGUAUUGGACGUUGGUUUCCUUGGAGCAGUAAUUGCAGUGACUCUGUUGGCAAUUCAUGGGAACAUGAGGAUGACCUUUGUUGGAAUUUUAUGUGCUGCUUUAACCAUCGGCAUGUAUGCAGCUCCUUUAUCAGUCAUGAGGACAGUGAUAAAGACUAAGAGUGUGGAGUACAUGCCAUUUUUACUCUCAUUUUUCUUGUUCCUCAAUGCUGGGGUUUGGUCUGCUUAUGCAGUGCUUGUGAAGGACAUCUACAUUGGAGUGCCAAAUGCUAUUGGUUUUGUCUUGGGUUCAGCUCAGUUGAUCCUCUAUGUUAUGUACAAGAACAGAUCAGUUGCACCAAAACCAGAUGAUGCCAUGGAAGAAGGUUCAGCUCAUUUGAUGAAAGGAAGCAUCGAGAUGCAUUCGCUUGAGGAAAAUCUACACAAUCGGAGCCUAAACAAGGGCAAGAGCCUCCCGAAACCGGACAUUAAUCGACAAUACAGUUUUCAGAAGAUCAUCAAGACACUUUCUCUGAGUCCACAUGAACUGCAAUCGAGUCGAUCGCCUCACGAGAGCGUCGUCGAAGAAGGAAACCCUGAUCAGCCAUGAUCCUGAAGGAUAUUGAUCAAGGCACGGGAAACUUCAAAAUUCAGGGUUCUGUUAGUUUUUUUCUUUUUUGCAUUGAGGUCAGGUUUUUGUUGUAUAAAUGAAAAGAGAAACAAAGAGGAGAUGGUUGAAGCUUAUAAAUGGAUGAAUCUUAUGCAAAUUCACAUAU